CGCCCGCGCGUUUCUCCCGUCUGCAUUGAUGAUGCUCUGUAAGCUGUAAUUAGCUACAUGAGACGAUUCCUUCUAGGGCCGUUCGCUGCAGAUAUCUCAUCUUCAACGUUCCACGCCCUUGACCACCAACUUGAAGGCGCUCUCGCCCCCCUCAAAUCGUAGAUCGCAUAACAUCUCCAGCGCUUCCGACAAAAGUGUCGUCUAUACCCUGGGAUAUGCAACGAUCUACACACUUGCAGCGGCCUUUCGUACCCCAGCUGGAGACAAUUUACGGAUAUCUCGCGGCAAGUGCAUCGCAGCGGCAGCCAUUAUGUGGCAAUAGUGAAGGUUGGGGUCCUCUGAGUACAAUCCGAUAUGACUUUACACCCUGUUUCCUCGAUGUAUGGAUUACAGGCGUCGCUGUUGGCGGCAUUCUAGGCGGAGCUGGAGCUUUGUGGUAUCUGUAUAAACGUUGCACAGUGGAGCCAGUCAAAAAGAAUUGGCAUUUCUACGCCAAGCUUAGCGUCAUCGGCUGCCUGACUAUUACCCUCGCCCUUCAAGCUGCCCUUCAGAUCGAGUAUUACCGUGGAAUAUGGUUUGGUGACUUUAGAUUCUGGAGCACAAUAACCACGAUACUCUCUGUGGGCAUAAUCUCCUGGAUACAAUAUGCUGAACAUUGGCGUGCACGCUAUCCGAACGGGCUUGUACUCUUCUAUUGGCUGUUCUUCCUGAUUGCGUAUGCCGUCAAGCUACGAUCUUUGAUUUCACAAGAGCUGCACAAAGACCAUGCGGCAUACUUUGCCGUAUUCUGCGUGAGCUUGGGUCUUGCUGUACUGGAGUUCGUUCUGGAAUGGCUUGUCCCAAAAAGAGUCAGCGACUAUGAUGCACUAGGGGACGAAGACGAGUGCCCAUAUGAAUAUGCCGACAUUUUCUCGGUCCUUACUUUCUCGUGGAUGACACCAAUGAUGAAGUAUGGAUACAAACAGUUCCUCGUCCAAGACGAUCUCUGGAAUUUACGUCGAAAGGACUCGACCCGGGCGACUGUGGAGACCUUUGACCAGGCUUGGAAUAUACAGAUGGAAAAGAAGUACCCUUCGCUAUGGAUCGCACUAUUCAGGAGCUUUGGUGGCCCGUACAUACGUGGGGCAAUAAUCAAAAGUGGUAGUGACAUUCUGGCUUUUAUCCAACCACAACUUCUGCGCUUGCUAAUCAGCUUCGUUGACUCCUACAAAGCUGGAAAUGAGGAGAAUCGCCAGCCCAUAAUCAGGGGUGUAGCGAUUGCUCUAGGUAUGUUUGCUGUAUCUGUUACACAGACCGCGCUGCUACACCAGUACUUCCAGCGUGCGUUCGAGACUGGGAUGCGGGUAAAGUCAUCACUUACAGCUGCAAUAUACUCAAAAUCGAUGAGGCUUUCUAAUGAAGGACGCGCAGCUAAGAGUACUGGAGACAUUGUCAAUUACAUGGCAGUGGAUACCCAAAGACUAUCAGACCUUGCUCAAUGGGGUCAACAGCUCUGGUCAGCGCCAUUCCAGAUUGUUUUGUGCAUGGUCAGCUUGUACCAACUACUUGGAUGGAGCAUGUUUGCAGGGGUCGCAGCCAUGAUUCUUAUGAUUCCUAUCAAUGGACUGAUUGCAAGAGUGAUGAAGAACCUGCAGAAGACGCAGAUGAAGAAUAAGGAUGCCAGGACACGGCUUAUGACUGAGAUACUUAACAACAUGAAGUCCAUCAAGCUGUAUGCUUGGGGUCAGGCAUUCAUGACUCGUCUCAACUACAUUCGAUAUGACCAAGAGUUGAUGACCUUGAGGAAGAUUGGUGCCACUCAAGCCGGUGCUAACUUUACUUGGUCCACGACACCUUUCCUGGUCUCCUGUUCCACAUUUGCUCUAUUUGUGCUCACGCAAAACAGACCACUCACAACCGAUAUUGUGUUCCCGGCGUUGACAUUGUUCAAUCUGCUGACUUUCCCGCUGUCCAUUCUUCCUAUGGUUAUCACCUCAAUCAUUGAAGCUAGUGUUGCGGUCGGACGUCUGACCAGUUUCUUUCAGGCCGAGGAGCUCCAGGUUGAUGCAGUCCAGAGAGAGCCUUCGGUUGAAGAGAUAGGAGAGGAAACUCUCAGCAUUGUUGAUGCAAGCUUUACUUGGAACAAAGAAGAAUCAAUUCAAGCCCUAGAGGACAUCAACAUGAAGGUCCACAAAGGAGAGCUUUCUUGUAUCGUCGGCCGCGUCGGUGCCGGAAAGUCAUCUCUACUCCAAGCAAUGCUUGGGGAUCUCUGGAAGAUGAAGGGAGCCGUCACUAUUCGCGGUACUACUGCAUACGUCGCUCAAUCGGCUUGGGUCAUGAAUGCCACGGUGAAAGAGAAUAUAGUUUUCGGAUAUCGAUGGGAUCCUGCAUUUUACGACAAAACUGUGAAGGCCUGCGCUCUUGUCGACGAUUUUGCUUCUUUGCCCGAUGGUGAUCAGACAGAGGUAGGGGAAAGAGGUAUCUCUCUUUCGGGUGGUCAAAAAGCCCGUCUGACUCUCGCACGAGCUGUAUACGCCCGGGCUGACAUAUAUCUCCUUGAUGACGUUCUGUCCGCUGUGGAUCAGCAUGUCGGCCGCCACGUUAUUGACAACGUUCUCGGACCAAAAGGCUUACUCGCGACGAAGACCAGAGUUCUCGCCACCAACUCAAUUCCUGUUUUAUUGGAGGCUGAUUUCAUUGUGCUACUCCGAAAAGGACGAAUUUUUGAAAAAGGGACCUAUGACCAGCUCAUGGCAAUGAAAGGCGAAAUUGCAAACCUCAUCAAGUCAGCCCAGAGCGAAGACCAGAGUGAAUCAGACAGCAAAGUGUCUGAAACCAGCAGUGAUGAAACAGUCUACGGAGGGGAGAGUCCGCCUCCAGAUGACGAGGAGGGACGCGCUGAAGACAUUGAUGGGUCAAGAGAUACACUUGCUGCCCUCGAGCCUCUGCGGCCUGCAAAUGGGGCUACUCGCCGUAAAUCUAGCGCCGUAACCCUUCGACGAGCCAGCUCAGCCAGUUUCAAAGGCCCCCGUGGCAAAGCUUUGGACGAAGAGGCUGGUGCAGGUGUAAAGACGAGACAGAGCAAGGAAUUCUCCGAGCAGGGCAAGGUCCGAUGGUCUGUAUACGCCGAAUACGCAAAAGAGAGUAACAUCGUGGCUGUUGCGAUAUAUUUACUCACUUUGGCGGGAGCUCAGACUGCAUCCGUCGGUGGCAGUGUUUGGCUGAAGCAUUGGGCUGAAGUUAACAGUGGCAGCGGUCGGAACCCGGAGGUAGGCAAAUAUAUUGGUAUCUAUUUUGCAUUUGGAGUAGGUUCGGCGGCCCUGGUCGUUGUCCAAACCUUGAUCUUGUGGAUCUUCUGUUCAAUCGAGGCAUCGCGUAAGCUGCAUGAGCGGAUGGCGUUUGCAAUCUUCCGCUCGCCUAUGAGUUUCUUCGAGACGACCCCUGCUGGUCGCAUUCUCAACCGCUUUUCCAGUGACAUCUACCGCGUCGACGAGGUUCUCAGUCGCACUUUCAACAUGCUCUUCGUCAAUACGGCUAGAGCCGGCUUCACACUCGUCGUCAUUUCCGUGUCAACCCCAGCCUUCACUGCAAUGAUUCUUCCUCUUGCAGCUCUCUAUCUCUACAUUCAGCGAUACUAUCUACGCACGUCCCGCGAACUGAAGCGACUUGAUAGUGUCAGCAAAAGUCCUGUCUACGCUCACUUUCAAGAGUCUCUCAGUGGCAUCAGUACAAUUCGCGCGUACCGGCAGCAGAAACGUUUUUCACUGGAGAACGAAUGGAGGAUGGACGCGAACUUACGUGCAUACUUCCCGUCGAUUAGUGCCAACCGAUGGUUGGCUGUGCGACUUGAAUUUAUAGGUUCCAUCAUCAUCCUUGCCGCGGCAGGUUUUUCCAUCAUUUCGGUAGCCAAGAACAGCGGCUUGUCGGCUGGACUCGUGGGUCUGGCCAUGUCGUAUGCUCUGCAAAUUACUCAGUCUCUGAACUGGAUCGUAAGACAGACUGUCGAGGUUGAGACUAACAUUGUAUCGGUGGAGCGUGUUUUAGAAUAUGCACGCCUCCCCCCAGAGGCACCCGAAAUCAUCUCAAAGAACAGACCACCUAUCAGCUGGCCAAGCAAGGGAGAGGUGGCGUUCAAUAACUACAGCACUCGCUAUCGACCUGGUCUCGACUUGGUCUUGAAGAACAUCAACCUCAAGAUUAAGCCGCAUGAAAAGAUUGGAGUCGUUGGUCGGACUGGUGCGGGCAAGAGCAGUCUUACCCUGGCCCUCUUCCGUAUCAUCGAGCCUGCAGAAGGACAUGUCGCCAUAGACGACCUGAACAGUAGUACAAUAGGUCUACUUGACUUGCGAAGACGUCUUGCUAUUAUCCCACAGGAUGCCGCUUUAUUUGAGGGCACCGUGCGAGACAAUUUGGAUCCCGGCCAUGUCCACGACGACACAGAACUUUGGAGCGUUCUUGACCACGCUCGCCUGAAAGAGCAUGUGUCUAACAUGCCUGGAAAGCUUGAGGCGCCCAUCCACGAGGCAGGAUCCAAUCUAAGUUCCGGACAACGCCAACUCGUAUCGCUUGCCCGUGCCCUCCUAGCCCCGAGCAAUAUUCUUGUCCUAGACGAGGCCACUGUACGUCGAUUCUCUCACUUCUAGUUUGACCCCACUUCAUUGUACCCUGCCUUUACACUGUUACAUCCGCUGCGCAACCAGUCACUUCGGCCUCCCAUUCCCGCUGAAUGAGACUUGCAUAGUUUGGGACAUCUAUUGCGUAAUUUCCAAGAACCUGUCGCCACGGCGCUCUCAGUCUGCGCUGUCUAGGGUUCUCUCUUCACCCUGUUCGUCCUGCUUACGGUGCAAGCUUCGUGACUACUUGCCUCCAUGUAUAAUGAGUUCGUAUCUUCGGACUCACUACUAACCUCCACACAGGCCGCCGUCGACGUCGAGACUGACGCCCUACUGCAACAAACACUGCGCUCCCCGAUUUUCUCCAACCGCACCAUUAUCACCAUCGCGCACCGCAUCAACACCAUUCUCGACUCUGACCGCAUCAUUGUACUC